AUGAAGAUCGAGGCUUUAGCGGUAGUACUCGCCUUUGUGGCGGGCACCAUUGCCUCGCCCGACAACAUGAACGCCAACACGAUCACUACUGAGUCCGUCUCGGUGGAACAGCUUGGCGCCAUGUCGGAGCCCGACGGCGAGGACCCGUCCUACCGGCCUGAUCAUGGCCCCAACCCCCCCAAUCUCCCCAAAGUGGACCUGCCCCUCUUCCCGUACUGGCCCGGCUGGACCCGCAACACGAACGGCGGUAUUGUCGUUGAUGCAAAUAACUUCACGCUUGUGUACUGUGGCUUUUAUCGCCCUCCUGUAACGGGCUCAUACACUCUAUGUUCGUCCGCCGACAACGAAAACGACAUCUUCUUCGGGCACGACAAUGCCUUCAGCUGUGUUACCGGCAAGCCCGAUCCUAACGCCAAGCCGCUGGUCCAAAGCUUGGGAGGCGACUUUGUCAACCCGACCCAGUGCACUAAUGUCAAUCUUGUCGGAGGACGAUACUAUCCGAUUAGAAGUGUAAUGGGCAAUUGGGGAGGACCGUCGGCAUUGACGCUGACCAUCCAAGAACCGGGUGGCAGGCGCGCCAACCAUUUUCCUGGGCGGUGCUGGUAA